UCGGACAGUCAACCGUCGAUUGUGCCACCGAAACAAUGGGACGCAAAUUGCUGAUUGCUGCCUUAGUCGUUCCAUUUGUUUGUUACUUAUUUUUCAAAUACCAAGAUGGCGAUUUUACUUUGAUGAUAUACGAAAAGAUCAGUCGAGAUCCCGGCGUCGCACUUCGUGGAAAAGUAGUUUGGAUCACAGGGGCUUCUAGCGGGAUUGGUGAAUAUUUAGCCUAUGAACUGGCCAAAUACGGCUGUAAACUGGUCCUGUCUGCACGGAGAAAGGCAGAGUUAGAGCGAGUCAAAGAAAAGUGUGCAGCCAUUGCCAAUGGUCUUGAUUCCUCGUUUAAAAAAGAUCAAGAUAUUCUUGUACUUCCAUUGGAUUUGACAGAAUUUGAUUCACAUGAAAAACUUACUCAAGAAGUCCUCAAGCAUUUUGGGAAGGUUGAUAUUUUAGUAAACAAUGGUGCCCGAUCGCAAAGAUCUUUGGUGAAGAAAACUCCUUUAGAAGUGGACAAAGCUCUCUUAGAUUCAAAUCUUAUUGGUACGAUCUCCCUGACCAAAGCAGUUCUUCCACACAUGAUAGCACGCCAUUACGGACAAAUUGUAAUAGUCAGCAGUGUUCUGGGAAAGUUUGGAUGGCCUUAUGGAGCUACAUAUUGUGCCAGUAAACAUGCGUUGCAGGGUUACUUUGACAGUGCGCGGAUCGAGUUGACAGAACACAACAUCCGUGUGCAGACUGUUCUUCCGGGGCCAGUGAAAUCAAACAUUGGUCGUCAUGCUUUCACAGAGGACGUCAAAGUUGAAUUUAAAAACACGCCGAACUACCAAGAGUACGAGGGAAAAAUGCCGACUGAACGCUGUGCAAAGCUGAUGGUUGUGGGAAUGGCGAACAACUUGGACGAAUUAUGGAUUUCAAAUAACCCAAUGCUACUUAUGACUUACGCCAACCAGUAUUUUCCAACCGUUUUUAAAUGGUUUUCCAAUGAGUUCCUGAUGGAGCGAAUUACGAAAUUGUACAUGAAGGGGAGUUAAGCCUGAAAUACGAACGAAACAAGCAAAUGGUGCAACGGUUGGGAAAGACGUCGUUUGCAAAUAGAAAGAUGUGUGGUAUGCUCUGUCGCCUUGUGGGGAUACGCUGGCACUUUUUGGAUGUCUUCAUCCUUACACUUUUCAUUUGAUUUAGCUCUUUUAUUUCGUGUCCAUGCCUUACAAGCGGUUUCUUACUGACGAGACUAAGGCUGUUCUUACGCAAAAUCGAACUUUGUUUCAACCAGUGAAUCAGAAGAUUAUGUCCUCUUUCGCUGACUGGACAUACAACUAUCUCUUUCCCUUUCACUUGUGCUUCUAGCAUCUUUCCACUAAAUAUCAGGCAGGGAUCUUAGAAUUUUUUUCUUUUUCGAUCAGGUACUUGCAGCCUUCAUAUAUUUCUGAUUAACGGUGAAAAAUACCAUUAGCUAAAAUUGCUUAUAACGGGCUGAAACAGUUAACAAAGUCUGUUAAAGGGCACCUCAGAAAGUACACCCCAGAAAAUAUGACGAAAUUGACGUGGGCAGUUUGUAUUUCAGUCUUGUUGUCAGAUCAGCGGUUUUCUCUAUGUUCCUUGACUUAAAAACCUUUUUCGUUUUUUUCUGCUGAAUAAAG